AUGUAUGUUAUUUCAAGCACCUCCAGUGGCUCAAGAAGCAACACUUAUGAUCCCUGUUGUUGGGGCAAUUGGGGAUAUCCUUCUAAAAGCUUCCCUUUCUCCGGCAAUGUUUAUGUUGCGACGAAUUCAUCCGGCGAGAAAACACCGGAAUUCGUUCGGGUAGAAGUUGACUGGAAAGAGUCUCCGGAGGCUUGUGUUUUGAUGGCUGAUCUUCCGGGAUUAAAGAAAGAAGAAGUGAAGGUUGAGGUUAAAGAAGGCCGAGUCCUGAAGAUUAGCGGCGAGAGAAUCAGAGAAGCAGAGGAAGAGAAUGACAAAUAUCAUCUGUCGGAGAGGAGCAAAGGCAAAUUCCAGCGUAAAUUCAGGCUCCCGGAGGAUGCGAAUAUGGAUGCAAUCAAAGCCAGUAUGGAAAACGGUGUUCUCACCGUUACCGUUCCCAAGAGAGAGCAAGUGAAACCUCAGCGAAUACAAGUUGAGAUUUCUGGUUAA